AUGCCCACUCGCGGCCUGCGACCAGAUCGCCACCUCGAGCGCCAGCUGGCGGGGCAGUCACCGGGCCACCCGCGCCCGGCCCCGCGCGGCAGGGUCCCCCCACCUGCGGCCGCGGGCGCGGAGAUGGCGGGGCCCCUCUGGGCGCUGGGCGGCGCCGCCCUGGGACUCUGCCUCGCCAGGGUCGCCGGGCAGCUGGUGGAGCCCAGCACGGCCCCGCCCAAGCCCAAGCCGCCCCCGCUGACCAAGGAGACGGUGGUGUUCUGGGACAUGCGCCUCUGGCACGUGGUGGGCAUCUUCUCGCUCUUCGUGUUGUCCAUCAUCAUCACUCUGUGCUGCGUCUUCAACUGCCGCGUGCCCCGGACCCGGAAGGAGAUUGAAGCCCGCUACCUGCAGCGGAAGGCAGCCAAGAUGUACACGGACAAACUGGAGACGGUCCCCCCACUCAACGAGCUCACGGAGAUCCCUGGAGAGGAUAAGAAGAAGAAGAAGAAGAAGAAGGACAGUGUGGACACAGUGGCCAUCAAGGUAGAGGAGGAUGAGAAGAAUGAGGCCAAGAAGAAAGGGGAAAAAUGA